UGAGAAAGGGCCGUCUGUGCUCUCGAUGAGGGUCUUUCGGGGAUCUAUGGGGACAGAGGAAUCUGAAAUCAUGGAUCACCCACAUAUGCUUUGAGACGUGCUUUAGAUUUUUUUCUUGAAGCCUUGCGACUUCUGUAAAAAUUGAAUGUUUUGUAGAACAGACCUAUGGCCAAUGGUGGCAGAGUCUACAUAGAAAACUAUGCUUCGUGGUGUUCUGGGAAAAACCUUUCGACUUGUUGGCUAUACUAUUCAGUACGGGUGUAUAGCUCAUUGUGCUUUUGAAUACGUUGGUGGUAUUGUUAUGUGUUCUGGACCAUCAAUGGAGCCUACAAUUAAAAAUUCAGACAUUGUCUUUGCAGAAAAUCUUAGUCGACAUUUCUGUAGUAUACAAAGAGGUGACAUUGUGAUUGCAAAAAACCCAAGUGAUCCAAAAUCAAAUAUUUGUAAAAGAGUAAUUGGUUUGGAAGGAGACAAAAUCCUCACUACUAGUUCAUCAGAUUUCUUUAAAAGCCAUAGUUAUGUGCCAACAGGUCAUGUUUGGUUAGAAGGUGACAAUCUACAGAAUUCUACAGAUUCGAGGUAUUAUGGACCUAUUCCAUAUGGACUAAUAAGAGGACGGAUCUUCUUAAAGAUUUGGCCUCUCAGUGAUUUUGGAUUUCUACGUGACAGCCCUAAUGGACACAGAUUUUCUGAUGAUUAGCAAAAAUUUAUUCUUUUGAAGAUUAUUGUCCCCUGUUCAGGUGAAUUUAUUACUGCCAUUAAAACCAUGUAUUUACCAGUAAACUAUUUGCUAUUCA